AUGAUUGAAUUAUCAAGACUAUAUGGUGUUUAUAGAUCAAAUCGACCUUCUAUUGAUCGUAGCUUGAUCACUUCACUAGUAGAGAGAUGGCGUCCUGAGACUCAUACAUUUCACUUUAGAACGGGUGAGGCGACAAUCACCUUGCAAGAUGUAGAAGUGUUGUAUGUCUUACCUGUGAAUGGUGAUCCAGUACUUGGUGAUGAGUCGAUAAGGACCAUAGGGUAUUGGCAAAAUAUUUGUCAAAGAUUGUUAGGUUUAAUUCCACGUCCUCAAGACUUCAACCGUAGUAGCCUCAAGGUAACUGCACAUAUGCUCGAGCAACUACAGUUACCUGACUUUACAACACAAGAAAUGAUCGAUCAAAUGGCUGGAUGUUACAUGUUUUGGAUGAUUGCUGGUAUGAUGAUAGCAGAUACAUCUGACAACUAUCUAAAGCUUAUGUAUCUUCCUAUGCUCGAGGAUAUCAAUGUAGUUAGCUCUUAUAGUUGGGGUAGUGCGACCUUAGCGUGCUUGUCUCGCUUUCUCUGUAAGGCCUCACAGAGUAACCGAAAUGAGAUAGUUGGCUUUCUACCACUGCUUCAGUUUAUUUGGGAACCAUAUUCGGAUGACUUAAUUGAGAGUCUUCCUGAUUAUUGUCGAAUUGAACGAGACAUAUGGCGUGUAAGAGAUCCAAUUUUUUGUUGGGAUAUCAUUGAGGUUCACUUGCCUGAUCGAGUUAUGAGACAAUUUGGAUUAAAACAAAUGAUACCAACUCCAUUUCUAUUUGACGCCACACAUUUUCACCAUGAUCGUAGGGGCAGACCAAAUACAAAUUGGAAGUUGGAGCAUGCACAAUGGUUGCCUUUUUGGAACCAACGACUUCAAUAUGUUUGUGAUGCUCUGGUCAAACGUGAACCACUUUGA